AUGUCUCCUUCUACCUCAAUCACUGUCAUUUACUCCCCUUACCACCUCGGCGCCCGCGACGUCGCCGUCGGUGGUGGACCAACCGCUCUGCUCAAGGCCGGCUUCAUCGAUGCCAUUCGCAAGCAGGGCGUCAAGGUCAGCGAGAUUGAACUCGAACCCGUUGAUGGGUACGAGGGCGAGAUUGGUCGUCUCUUUGAGCUCCUCCGCCGCACUUCAAAGACCGUCACGCAGGUCAUCCAAGAUGGCUCAUUCCCCGUCAUCCUCGCCGGAAACUGUUCCACCACUGCUGGCGUCCAGGCUGGUGUAAAUGCCGCCCGCGGCGCUGUGCCAAGCUGCGUCUGGUUCGACGCUCACGAUGACUUCAACACGCCUGACGUGCUGGCCAGCGGGUAUCUCGACUCCAUGCCCGUGGCCAUGCUGGCGGGUCUCUGCUGGAAGACACUCCUUGCUAGCAUCCCCAACUUUAAACCUCUGGACCUCAAGAAGGAUUUUGUACACUGUGGCAUGCGCGAUGUUACAGAGCUUGAGCGUUCGCGUGUUAUCGAGGCCGGUUUCCCCGUUAUCUGGGGCAACGUGGACAAGCACGUCGAAUUCGAAGCCGAGCUGCUCAAGACUCUUCAGGAAAAGUCCCUCGGAGAGACAAUGGUCCACUUGGACCUCGACAGCCUCGAUACUUCUGUUGGAAACGUCAACAAGUUCUCUGCACCUGGUGGUUUAUUGGAGGGUGAUCUCGAGGGAUGCAUGAGCAUGAUCCCGAGGCAGACAAAGCCCGUGUCGCUGACGGUUGCGUCGUUUGACCCUUCGUUUGAUGAGGAUGGGAAGAUUCCGCCUGUGGCCAUCAAGGGAGCUGUUGCUUUUGUCAAGAGUCUGAUUUCGGAGGGUGUUUUGGAGAGCUCUCAGUAG